ACUGGCCAAAUCAGCCGGCGAGGUUGCACGGUUGUUAUUACGCUUGCGACUGUUGAACCGCACGCUUCGUGAUACGUAAGUAGCUCGUCCCUGGUUUGCGCAAGUUUUAAACCUUAGAUUUCGCACGAUGAGUUUGUCCCGGUUCCGUUUGAUUACGUUCGAUGUACAUAAUACACUGCUACAGUUCCGCUCUAGCCCAGGCAAGAAGUAUGGUGAAAUUGGUGCAAUGUUCGGUAUAAGCAACAACAACAACCAACUAGUCUCAAACUACGUCCAAAGCUGGCACAAAAUGAAUCGGCUCCAUCCGAACUUUGGACUGAAGACGAAAAUUACCUACAAACAAUGGUGGCAGAUGAUGAUAGACGGCAUUUUUAAUGAAAAUGGUACACACAACACGCCGCCAGAGAAGAUUGAACAGAUGACCGAGCAUUUCAUGGAGUACUUCAAAACGAGCGUCUUUUGGCAACAUUGCUAUGGUUCGGUGGACUUUCUGAAUUACCUGAAGCUUCAGCGGCAUGUGGAGUCCGGUGGCCAGAAAGAACCACCGUUCAAGCUGGGAGUGAUCUCAAACUUUGACCCCCGGCUAGACGUAUUGUUGCGGAACAUGAAAAUCAACCACUAUUUUGACUUUGUGCUGAACUCGUAUGAUGUGGGCUAUAUGAAACCGGCCCCGGAAAUAUUUGUCCGUGCGAUGAAGGCAGCCGAGAUUAAGGAUCUAAAACCACACCAAUGUUUACAUAUUGGGGCGACACCGGCGACCGAUUACUUUGGCGCACGAAAUGCUGGAUGGUACAGUCUACUGGUGCACGAAAAGUCGGCGGAAGAGUUGACACGCAAAUACGGCCAGCUGGUCGAGGACAACCAUGUGUUUUCUAGUCUGUUUGAUAUUCACAAGAAGAUAUCGAAUGAUUACAUGAGAUGGUAAAUGAUAUUAGCUGUGUGUGAGUGAGUGAAAAUGUUACACUUUAUGAAUAAAACUGUUUUCAAUUUGA